AUGAAGCCCUCCCCCCUAUUCCUCACCCUCUCCCCCCUAUUCCUCGCACUCACCUCCUCCUCCUCCCCCUCAACCCCAUCUCCCCCCUCCCCUCUCGUCGUCGAUACAGCCCCCUCCCACCUCCGCCCCUACAUCCUCCCCCGCUACGCCGGCCACGCCAUCAAGCUCACCACAUCCGGCCAAAUCAUCCGCUUCUCCAUCACCGCAAACUCCUCCGCCGGCGCCUUCUCCCUCGUCCAGCACGCCGGCAAGGCCACAGGCUGGACCUCGGCCCGCCCGCACACCCACAGGCGCGUCCACGAGCACUUUUUCUGCACAAAGGGCCGCGUCGAGCUCUGGACGAAGAAGAACGCCACCGGCGCCGUGGACGAGGCGCGGGUUCUCACGCAGGGGGAUUUCGGGACCGCGCCUCCGGGCACGAUACAUACCUUUCAGCAUAUCGAUCCGGACAGCCAGUUGACGCAUAUUUACAACCCGGGCGGCUUUGAGGAGCUGUUUCAGGUGUUUAGCCUGGGGGACUUUGAGUCGCCGCACGGAGCGCCGUAUGAGCUUGUCGAGGAGGACCAGCGGCCGUUUGGCGAUGCGACGCCCGAGCAGGAGGCGCAGCUCAAUUCUCUCGAUUUGUGGAUUGCAAAGGCAGACGUUUACGUUCCGAGGAGGGACUUUGUCAAUGGAACGGCGGGCGAUGCGCGCCUCAACUGGCACGAUGGGAACAACUCACUGUCGAGUGAUCCCAUGGAUCCGUAUUACAUUGCCAAAGACUACGGCCCGAAAUACCUCCUGAACAGUGAAGACGGGUAUAAAGUCAUCCAGCCCCUUCUCACCGCCUCUCAGACACCCUUUAGGAACCUCACCGUCGGGACGAUCACGCUCUCGCCACGACGCAAAGGCGAAAAGGCAAAUGUUGUUCGGUUGGAGAAUCACUUUGCCAUACAGAUGGACGAGGGACAGCUUGCGCUGACGAUUCAGGGGUACGAGAGGGAGCUCUUGCUGCAAGGCGAUGUGGCCUUUAUCCCGGCCGGGACGAGGUUCGAGUAUUAUGCCACGGUGCCGUUUACCAAGUUUCUGUAUGUGAAUGCUGGGGAGAGGGGAUAUGCGGAUGAGUUGUUGGAGAGGGCGGUGCCGUGGAAUUUUCCGGUGUAUCCUGCGUGA